UUAAAAACACAUAUAUAUUAUAUAAUGGGUACAGUUCUUAUAUUUGUAUUACAAAUUGUUUCUUUAUCUUUUACAAUUAUAACUUUGGGUCUCUCUUUUUGGCAAAUAAAUGACGAGUACACCAAUAUAGAUAAAAAGCUCUGUGAUAUGGAUGGGGUAGUAACACCCUUUAGAGCUACAUUUAAAACUGGAGAAAUCCAAUGUACAUGGUCUGUUUCCAGAAAUGCAGUUCGUAUUUUAUACCUACUUUUAUUCGUUGCUUUAAGUGUUUUAUUAUUCGUCUCAAUUUUCAGAAAAUCAAAGGUAUUCUUUUAUAUGGUAAUUAGUUUGAUUUUGGCCGAUUGUGCUCUUGGUGGAUAUUCAUUUGUUUAUGAUGCUAUCUCAUCUCGUGCUGGAAAUCACUAUUGUCAUAAUAAUAUAGUUAUAUUUAAUGAUAAAACACCACACAAAUGCUAUUCCCAUAGUUUUUAUGCCACCACUUCUAUGGGAAUUUUAACUGUCGUAAUGAUGUUUGUUGUUUUCGUUAUGUCCCUCAUCAAACGUUCAAGAUUAAUGUCAAGCCCAUAUACCCAACAGAAAUAAACAAAUACUAAAAGAAAAAAAAUAAAGGGUAUACCCCCAUAUUAAUAAUUUUAAAAAU